GACUUUUCACAAUUGGGUACUCGGCCAGAUUGGGAACAAUUACCCGAGAGAGUGCUUCACCGGUCGAUACCAUUCGUCUUGGUUCCUCGAACUGCAUACUCCGAAAUUUUGGCUUGGGAACGAUCAUUUGGAUGCGGCAUUCCAUUUGAUGAGGAGGCGGCAACACUUUUAUCCCGAGUCCUACCCGAAUAGAUGUGUCAUAAUGCCGUGUAUUUUCCCAGCAGGAGUUAUUGCUCGGUGGGAAGCUGCGGGUGAUGACCAGGCUAACUAUCAGUGGGACGAGGGCAUAUUAGAUUUGAUCCGAGGGGAUGAAAGUCAAUUCUUGGCCAGUUGGAAGAACAAGGAGAGAAUAUAUAUGGCCCUCUACUUCGAUGGAGCAAAGCAUUGGGUGGCAUUAGAGAUAGAUCUGGAUCAUUGGUUGUUGAACAUAUUUGACUCCAGCCUCGGAUCGAUUUCCACGAACGAAUUGAACCGUAACCUGGAAAUGUGGGAAAAAUUACUACCAAAUUUGCUGCUGCAGGCUGGCCUAUUCGAGAGUCAUGACAUGAUCCUCUUGCCUCAACUUACCGCCUCAGAGAGCCAGGUCAGAAAUUUCACUUCAAAAGUCAUGGAUCGGGCCGUUGUUCCACAGACAAAGACAAGGUAACUUAAUUACAAUUGAUUUUUUUGUUAUUUAACUUGAAUUUAAUUUGCACACUUUUAUUCAUUUACUUUUUAUUGUC